UGCCGGCCGGCGGGGCGGGGUUAAAUAGAGAAUGUGAGCCGCAGCCUGCAGAUUAACCCGGCUCAGCUCAGGAACAGCUCGCCUCAUUUCGCCUGAACCUACCCGGCUCUUUUGUGUCUUCUCCCCUAAACUGAGCGGCUCGGUGCCCGUGUACUGUGAGGAAUGCCCGGAGAGCUGACCCAGGACCGGAUCCAGAAGACCUGGGAGCGGUCCAAGGAUGACCCACCGGCCAACCGAAGAGCGGCCGGUGCCCCCCACUUCGCCAACCCCCCCACCGUCAUCGUGAUGGUGGGUCUUCCGGCUCGAGGAAAGACAUACAUGUCCAAAAAACUCACCCGCUACCUCAACUGGAUCGGCCUUCCCACCAAAGUCUUCAAUGUGGGAGAGUACCGCAGGGAAGCAGUGAAGAACUACAGCUCCUAUGAUUUCUUCAAGCCCGACAACGAGUGUGCUGUUAAAAUCCGACAGCAAUGUGCCUUAGCAGCCUUAAGGGAUGUCCACUCCUAUUUGAAGGACGAGGGAGGCCAAAUAGCGGUCUUUGACGCCACUAACACGACCAGAGACAGGAGAGAGAUGAUCCUCCAGUUUGGAAGUGACAACGGCUUCAAGAUCUUUUUCAUCGAGUCCGUGUGUGACGAUCCCAGCGUUAUUGCGUCAAACAUCAUGGAAGUGAAGGUGUCCUGUCCAGAUUACCGGGACUGCAACAAGACUGACGCCAUGUUGGAUUUCCAGAGGAGGAUUGAAUGCUACAAAACCAGCUACCAACCUCUGGACCCUGAUCGACAUGACAGGAACCUCUCCUUCAUCAAGGUGAUAGACGUGGGUCGGCGCUUCUUAGUCAACCGGAUCCAGGAUCACAUCCAGAGUAAGAUCAUCUACUACCUGAUGAACAUCCACGUCCAGCCCCGCAGCAUCUACCUGUGUCGGCACGGAGAGAGCACCGACAACCUGGAGGGGCGUCUGGGCGGGGACUCGGGCCUGUCGCCGCGGGGCAAACAGUUCUCAGCUGCCCUGGCUGGCUUUGUGGAGGAGCAGCAGCUGCAGGACCUGAAGGUCUGGAGCAGCCAGCUGUGCCGCAGCAUCCACACGGCAGAGCGCCUGGGCGUCCCGUACGAACAGUGGAAGGCUCUGAAUGAGAUAGACGCCGGAAUGUGUGAGGAGAUGACGUAUAACGAGAUGAAGGAGAAAUUCCCGGAGGAGUUUGCUUUGAGAGAUGAAGAUAAAUACUACUAUCGCUACCCUUCCGGAGAGUCCUACCAGGACCUGGUGCAGCGGGUGGAGCCGGUCAUCAUGGACCUGGAGAGACAGGAGAACGUUCUGGUCAUCUGCCACCAGGCCGUCAUGCGCUGCCUGCUGGCCUACUUCCUGGAUAAGAGUGCAGAGGAGAUGCCGUACCUGAAGUGUCCCCUGCACACGGUGCUGAAGCUCACCCCGGUCGCCUACGGCUGCAAAGUGGAGUCCAUCUCGUUGAAUGUGGAGGCGGUGAACACCCACCGAGACAGGCCGGAGGUAACGUCAGAGAAACUCGCUACUGAAUGUGGGAGGCAUGCUGUAAAGAAGUGGAUACAUGUUGAGCUCAUCCUCAAAUUAACAUUUCCACAUGCCCACCUGCAGGAUGUGAAGAGGGGUCCCGGGACGUUGAUCAGGAGGAACAGCGUGACUCCUCUGACCAGCCCCGAGUCCAACAUCAAGAAACCCCGCAUCGACGAUCUGGACGAGGCCGGCUUCUCCGAGCUGCCUCCAUCUGUGUCCUCGUCGUCUCUCUGCAGCCCCUCACACACCCCCAUCAGCCUGUCUGGACAGCACUGGCUGGGCAGAGUUUGCCUAACCUGAGGAGAAAGACCUCGGCCCUGCACUGACGUGAGGUUCACUGAAGGUCAGACAUGAAACUACAAGCACGAGUUCAGUUGUGAAGAGACACAAGUAACUGUUCAUUUUAUUGUUAAAAAAUGAUGGUUAUUGGUAAUAUUGUUCAUAUCUCAUGUAAAGAAACACUCUUAAAUGCUCCUAUUUUAUAUCUCUUUGAGACUGAAGAACGUCACGCAUAUAAUUAUUUUAAAUGGAUAGCUCAGAUGGCUCCAUAUAAACUAUUUUCUACUUGUUUAUAAUUGAGAGACCUAAGACAGUCACAACUACAGAAAUCCUUCAGCCCAUUCUUUUUUUUUUACUUCUGGUUGCACUGUCAAUUUACAUUUUUUUCUUCUUUGCAUUUUAAAUGCAUAUUUUUCUAAUUUGUGUUCAAAAGAAGAUGAUUUAAUUGUAUGCUUACAUUAUAAAAUAAGCGAUUAUUUUGCACAUUGGGAAUACAUUUGUACUUUUGCUUAUUCUUUUGUAUUUUUCACGUCAUGGAGGUGAUAUCUGCCGUAGUGCCUGUAGCGCUUGUUUUUUCCAAGCCUUACGCCACUCCCCUUGCCAUUU